UUCAAUCGCUCAUAUUUUAUCGAAAUUUACCUGUAAAAAUAUUAAUUUAUAAUUUGUGUUAAUUUAUUGUGUUUGUGUUGAUUAAAAGUUAACAAAAUGUCCUUCAAGUUCCUCAACAUUGACCUGAGCCAGCUGGAGUUCGAAUCGUGUUUGGGUUCCGGAUGUUACGGCGGAAGCGUCUGCUUGUACCGCAACCGGAAGGACAAACGCAACCGCCGGAUUGUGGUCAAGUCGAUUCCGUACAACAGCCCGGAAUACGCGUACGAGACCGUCACGAAGGAGCACACGAUUCUGUCGCAGGUCAACCACCCGAGGAUCCUCCGGUACUUUGGCUUCUUUCAAACGAGCGAUUCUUGGAAUAUGAUCACGGAGUUUGCCGAGCGGGGAAAUUUGGCGGAGUUUUUGCACCGUCGCAAGCAGCAGGGCGCGUUCCUCACCCAGCGGGUCGUGAUGGCCAAGUAUCGCGACAUGGCGGAAGCGCUGCAGUAUCUGCACCAGCGCAAGGUCAUCCACCGGGACUUGAAGCCGGGAAACGUGCUGAUCGACGCGGACAAUCGUUUGAAGCUGGCGGACUUUGGCAUCGCCAAGAUUUGCACCAACGUGAGUCUGGACGAGGAGAUGAACAUGACGAUUGUGGGGACGCCGCUCUUUAUGGCACCGGAAGUGGCCAGCGGAAAGCGGUACGACUACAAGAGCGACGUGUGGCCGCUGGGAGUGAUUUUCUACGAGCUGUGCAUGCUGGAACAUCCGUUUGUGGAGCGAUUUUUGGAAGGCGAGGAGUCGAUGGAGAGGAAGAAGUUUUCGCCGCCGCAAAUUGACUGCGCCCGGCACGGAUUCAGCCGGGACAUGCAGUCGCUGUGCGAGAUGAUGAUCCAGGUGGAGCCGAAGCAGCGCUGGACGCUGGAAAAGAUACUGAAGGACGAGCGCGUGGUUGGGCUGAUGGAACGUGAAAUGUGAGUAGAUUUAUUUUUUUUUACUUUUUGUAUUAUUUAAUAUUUUUUUGUGGAUGUCAUCAUGCAAUAGAACCAAAUUUGACUUUUAAUUGUCUAUAAUUUAUUUAUUUCACAAUGUAUCACAUUUCUUAGCUUAGCAGGUAAACUAAAGACAAGACUACAGAACAUGAUAGAACUAGCGUAAAAUCAACGUUUACGAAACUAAAAACGAAAUAAGGACGCGCGUAAAAUAAGCAUAGUUUUGAGGGGAAAACGUUACUUUUUUCGAACGGUUUUUGUAAAAGUUGAAAAUUUAACCCUAACAACAGGUAAACUUUUCAAGUUUGUUUCAGUUUUUUGGGAGUUUCAGUAAAUUUCAUAGAAAUAAUCUUACAAUGUAAUAAUAAAAGCACGCGGAAAAAAACGGUUUACUCCUGCCUCGAAUCGAAUCGCUACUACGCUCUAGACAAAUUUGUACAAUACUUGGGAUAAAGUUUUGCGGGGGGGUUGUUUGGAACACAAGUUUCGCAAUGUGAUUGAACCUUAUAAUCUAACAUAUAUUUAUAACGAAAUUAAAUGACUUUGUUUACAAUCAGCCUCAAACAUUCGUCUCACUUUCGCUUCUUGCGCGCACUCUUAAACCAUUCGAACGCGGAGUCGGGUCGUCGGGUCGAGUGAAAUCUUUCUACCGAAAUGGUUUUUUUUUAAACUGGGGUUUUCAUUGAAUACAUAUUGGGUUUUU